ACUUUUGGCGGUAACCUUAUUCACAAGGCAGAACUCAGCACCUUCCUUCGUCACUCUCUCCAUUGUUUCCCCUCUUUUGUUUCUUAACACAAAACUCACCGCCAUUGUUAUUCACUUUCCAUAAAUUGAUUUCUCAAUUACGAAUUCUCUCCCCCCGUCCAUCGCCAUGGACUCCAGCGAAUCAAACCUCCCUCUCCUCCUCCAACAUUCUUACUGCAGGUCCAAAUCCAUAACCUCCGAUGAUCUGCGCAACUAUCGAAUCAGCUUAAAAUGGUGCGCUCUUGACCACUCCUCCGCCGCCGGAAAGUUCUUCUCCUACCUCGUCUUCACUCUCCUGACCAUCGUCGUCCCUGCCGUGACGAUCCUCGCCGUCCAAGAUCCGGGGGACGAUCCGAUCUCGUUCAAUAAACUGGUUCAGGUUCCGGAAUCGGGACUGGCGGCGGUGGGAUUCUUGAGCCUGUGUCGAUUCUUCCGGCGGUACGGACUCCGGCAGCUUCUGUUCCUGGAAGGAUUGCAAGAGGAUUCGGUGUACGUACAGAAAGGGUAUGCGCGUGAAUUGGAGAAAUGGUUCCGUUCCGUUGCGUAUAUUCUUUUCCCGUCGUUCUUCGUUGAGUUGGCCCACAAAAUCAUAUUCUUCUCCACCGUUAAGAUUUAUUUUCCGGUAGGAUUUCCGGUAAAUUCGAUCUUGUUCAUAUUAGUACUGGGGUCGUGGGUGUACAGAACUGGAGUGUUUUUGCUCGUGUGUGUAUUGUUUCGGCUCACAUGUGAGUUACAGAUUCUUAGACUUCAAGGGGUUCACAAGCUAUUUGAAACGAGCAACGGGUCAGAAUCGGACUCGGUGUUGAUCUUCAACGAACAUUUGAGGAUCAGAAAACAGUUAUCAAUUACGAGUCACCGGUACCGGUUCUUCAUAAUUGUGUGUUUGCUCGUUAUUACGGUUAGCCAGUUCGUCGCAUUGCUCUUGGUUUUGGCCUCUAAAACUGACAAAAAUUUCUUCAACUCCGGCGAUGUUGUGGUUUGCUCAACGGUUCAAUUAUGUGGAUUCUUCUUAUGUUUGUUUGGAGCUGCAAGAAUUACUCACAGAGCCCAAGGAAUCGCUUCUGUUGCAACCCGAUGGCACAUGCUAGUCACCUCCGCUGCCUCUGGAUCCAACUCAACCAAACCUCCGCCACUACUACAACCGCUCGUUAACCACAAGAAAAACAACAACAGUAGCAGUAGCGGCGAGGAUGAAGACGAUACCGAUUCUGAUUCUUCAUCGGACGUUUUAAUUUCAGUAAGGCCACGAGAAUCUUCUUCCUUCCAAACCAGGCAAGCUUUAGUGUCAUAUUUACAACACAACAAUGGAGGAAUUACAUUGUUUGGAUAUGCAUUAGAUCGAGGAUUGCUUCAUACACUCUUUGCAUUUGAAUUCUCACUCGUCAUGUCGAUUUUGAGUAAGGUUGUCGUAUUAUGAUCUUAGUCGACCUUAAUUACUAUUCUCUCUUUAUAUAUAUAUACCAAAUAUUGUGUCUUAUAUAUUAUAGUAUAAAGUAUAAUAUAGUAUGAAGUGUAAUAAAUAUUGGUUAUUGUUAAUCAAUGUAGUUGAUAUUGAUUUAGAAAUCA